CGACCCUCAGCCUUUUUUAUCGCUCCAUUUUCCAUGUUUUCCCAUAACUUUCCAUCAAUUUUCUCCUUCUUCAACCUCCAUUAUUCACCCUCUAAGAUUCAAAGUUUGAAGGAAGUAAAAAAUUCCAAGGCUUUUUGUUAGUGGUGAUUAUCAACAAAUGGCAUCAGGAACUGAGCCGUAUGCUCCUAAGAACAUUCUAAUCACAGGGGCAGCAGGUUUCAUAGCCUCUCAUGUCACUAAUCGUUUGAUUAAAAACUAUCCUCAUUACAAGAUUGUGGCUCUUGACAAGCUAGAUUACUGCUCCAAUAUCAAGAACCUUGGCCCUUCUCAGACCUCUCCCAAUUUUCGAUUCAUUAAGGGUGAUAUCGUCUCUGCCGAUCUCAUCAAUUACCUUUUGGUUGCUGAAGAAAUCGAUACAAUUAUGCAUUUUGCUGCACAAACACAUGUCGACAAUUCGUUUGGGAAUUCGUUUGAGUUCACGAACAACAAUAUUUAUGGUACUCAUGUUCUUCUUGAGGCCUGCAAAGUUACUCAAAGGAUCAAGAGGUUCAUUCAUGUCAGCACUGACGAAGUUUAUGGUGAGACUGAUUUAGAGACUGAUAUUGGGAAUCCUGAGGCCUCACAGCUUCUUCCCACUAAUCCUUACUCUGCAACUAAGGCAGGGGCGGAAAUGCUGGUUAUGGCGUAUCAUCGGUCUUAUGGCCUCCCGACGAUAACCACUCGAGGCAAUAAUGUCUAUGGACCUAAUCAAUACCCUGAAAAGCUUAUCCCUAAAUUCAUUCUCCUGGCCAUGAAAGGUGAGAAGUUGCCAAUUCAUGGGAAUGGCUCAAAUGUGAGAAGCUAUCUAUACAGUGAAGAUGUUGCCGAGGCAUUUGAAGUGAUUCUUCAUAAAGGAGUGAUUGGUCAUGUUUACAAUAUUGGGACCAAAAAGGAGAGGAGAGUGUUGGAUGUAGCAGAAGAUGUUUGUAAGUUGUUUGGAUCAACUCCUGAAGAAGCCAUAGAUUUUGUGCAAGACAGACCCUUCAAUGAUCAGAGGUAUUUCUUGGAUGACCAAAAGUUGAAGAAGCUGGGAUGGCAAGAGAGCACACCAUGGGAAGAAGGGCUGAAAAGGACAAUGGACUGGUAUACUCAAAACCCCGACUGGUGGGGCGAUGUAUCCUCUGCUCUUGACCCACACCCUCGAAUCUCUGUAGCCACUCAUUCCAAUGAAGAUUCCUGGUUCUUUCAGUAUGGAUUCUCAAGACUGACAAGAACGUGCAGUGAGCUCAACAAAGACAGUGGUUCUCAGCGAAAGGAGCAAGGACUGAAGUUCUUGAUUUAUGGAAGAACUGGCUGGAUUGGAGGUUUGCUAGGCAAACUGUGCAAAGAGAAGGGAAUUGAAUUCGCAUAUGGUAGUGGAAGAUUGGAAGAUAGAAGAUCCUUAAUUGAGGAUAUAAAGCGGACGAGACCAACUCAUGUGUUCAAUGCUGCGGGGGUCACUGGAAGGCCCAAUGUGGACUGGUGUGAAUCACAUAAGAUUGAAACUGUAAGGGCGAAUGUAGUUGGGACACUGACUCUUGCUGAUGUUUGUAAAGAGCAAAAUCUCCUGUUGAUGAACUUUGCAACUGGUUGCAUUUUUGAAUAUGACAAUAAGCAUCAACUAGGAUCGGGUGUUGGAUUCAAGGAGGAAGAUAAGCCAAAUUUUAUAGGUUCAUUUUACUCCAAGACCAAGGCCAUGGUUGAGGAGCUGCUAAGAGAAUAUCCAAAUGUGUGCACACUGAGAGUGAGAAUGCCAAUAUCAUCAGAUCUAAGCAACCAGAGAAACUUCAUCACCAAAAUCAGCCGCUACAACAAAGUAGUGAACAUUCCGAACAGCAUGACGGUGCUGGACGAGUUGCUACCGAUCUCCAUUGAAAUGGCAAAGAGAGACUGCAGAGGGAUUUGGAACUUCACAAACCCAGGGGUGGUGAGCCACAAUGAGAUCUUGGAAAUGUAUAAGAAAUACAUAGAUCCGAAGUUCACAUGGGAGAAUUUCAACUUGGAAGAACAAGCAAAGGUGAUCGUGGCGCCGAGAAGCAACAAUGAGUUGGAUGCUUCAAAGCUAAAGAAGGAGUUCCCUGAAUUGUUGUCUAUCAAAGAGUCCAUUCUUAAGUAUGUUUUUGAGGCCAACAAGAAAACUUAAAAGAAGACAAAGAAGAAGAAGAAGAAGAGGAAGAUAAAAAGAAAUUUAAAUUGAGUGAGAUUGUUAUCUUUAUUUUUUUUCGUUGAAGAAAUUUUAUUAGAUAGUUUUUGGUUUGGCAUUUUGGUUCAUAUGACUAACUCUUUACUGACAUUAUAUUUAUGUAUUUGUUAGGGGAAGGGGAUUUUUUUUUAUAUACAUAUGAACUUCCAAAUUAUUUAUUCAAAUAAGAUUUAAGGUGUGGUUUUAUUUA